AAAAGGCGAUGUGUGACUGGUUAAGUUUGGGAGAUCGUAAUACAAAAUAGUCAUGCUCUUUAAAAAAGAUAAAAACAACCGAGUUUUUGCGAUUCGUAAUUCUAAUGGUGAGUGGAUUUAAGACCUGGAGACACUUCAAUCUGAGGCGAUUAGCUUUUUCAAAAAUUUGUAUGGAGAAAAUCCUGAUCAUCUCAUGGGAAGUUUGCCCCUAAUGCCUUCCUCCAGCUUGAUCUUGUUCAUACCGAAUUUUUGGAAACAAUGCAGUACGGUAGCGGGAGUAGUUUGCGAAUGGGUUAAAACAAUUUUCGCUAAUGGUACUAUGGAUUCGAAUUUAAAUAACAUCCUGAUCGUUCUUUUCCCUAAGAUUUCAAAUUCUGAGAGCUUUACACAGCUCUGUUCUAUAAGCCUUUGCACGGUUCUUUAUAAGCUUGUUAUAAAGACAAUAGCUAAUCGCUUCAAGCUUAUUUUCCCCAAACUUAUAGCUCAUGAGCAGACUGGAUUUAUUGCCAGAAGGAAUAUCACUGACAACAUUGUCGUCACGCAAGAGGCAACUCAAUCUAUGCGAAGCAAAAAUAAAAGGAAGUGGAUGGCGAUCAAAAUCGACCUAAAACAAGCGUAUGAUCUAUGGGAUUUCAUCGAUGUUUCAUUAUAGGCGGCAAGUAUCCCGGAUUAUCUUAGAAAUGUUAUAUUAUCUGCUAUUACUAACUCUACCUUGCAGGUUUUGUAGAAUAUGGAGUCCCGUCUAAUAAAUUCCGGCCGGUCAGAGGGAUUCGAUAGAGUUGUCUACUUUCUCCCUAUCUUUUUUCUAUGGGUAAAUUACACCCAUGGCCACUUUUGUUUACCUUAGGUUACAUUUUAGUCACUUAUGUUUGAAAUGUUACGUUUUUGUCACUUAUGUUAUCGUGUUGUAAUAUUUUAGUCACUGAGCUAUUAAUUGUCGCUAACAGUGUAACAGUAAGUUGACGUGGCACGUUAAAUCAUCAUUUCAAACAAAAAUUUUAUCGAUCCCCAUAUUUUUUCAUUUUGAUCAAUUUAAUUUUUUUUAUGUUCUUUAAUUUUUUUCUUUAUUUUCCAUUAUCUUUUGUUUCUCCCUCUAUUUUCUUACCUUCUCCAUUUCUUUUAACAUAUCAAGAAGCCGAAUUGGCAGUGAAGAAAUAAGUCGAAAACCAUCAUUGCGUAUAACCAAAACCCAUAAACCCAUACCAUGCUUUUUUCUUCACUGCCAAUUCGACUUCCUGAUAUGUUGAAAGAAAUGGAGAAGGUAGGAAAAUAGAGGGAGAAGAAGAAGAGAAAGGAAAAUAAUGAAAAAAAGAAAGAAAGUUAAAAGAACAUAAAAGAAAAAAUUAAAUUGCUCAAAAUGAAAAAAAUAU